AUGGCAUGUUCCUGGGAGGCCGCCAAUAUUGCAGUUGCACCUCGUAUGCCUGUUGAGGUAUGGGUCAAGGCUCUGCCUGAUUUCGACUUCAAAGGCGCCUCAGGUAUCAUGAUUGUCCUGGCAUGCGGUCAUGGCGCACAACCACCCGGCGGCAUCGAGCAUAUGGAAGCUUGGUGGUUGUCUGAGAAGGACUGCAGGGAGGAAUGGUAUUUCAAAAUGCUAGCCUGGACCGUUUGGGACCAUGUCGACCUAGCCUUACGAUCAAAACGCAAAAGCGAUCACAGAACCCUGGAUAUCACUGUGCCAGCACCCGUUAACGCUUCGGUUCCGGUCUCACUGUUCCGACAGAGAUUCAGCGCGGCCGAUGGUACCAUCACGGUUUCCAUCAUGCGGGGCAACCUCAGCUACGGCAAAGAAAUGCAACCUGCACUUGUACGAAGAGCCAAGUCACGUGGCGAGACCACUUCGACCCGUUCAUUGACCAACCCACCACACGAGUGUUGGUAUGGAGCUUCGCUCAAUGUUUCAGUUGUUGCUUACUGA